CAACAGUCAAACAGCAGGAGCCAGUGGGGCAGCAGCAGGAGCCAGUCUACCAAUGGGACUGCAGGGAGGUCUAGGUGGGUAGGCGUAGCGCGGAAAGGCUGUCUGGAGAGCGGCAAGCUGCACUUCAGAUUGGAUGACGGACGCUCAUCCAUACUUUCUCCCCUUUGCCUCUUCCUGACAACUCACUAUCUAUAUCCCUCAGGGUCUGGAGCAGCUAGAGCAGGCUUCAUGAGCAUACCGCCAGGGAAUCUGCCAUCAGGAACAGGCAGGCCGCUAGGUCAACCAUCUCCUGGACUGGGAAGCUUCGGAGCAGGGCGUGGUGGGGCAGGAGGGCCUUCUGCAGGCUCAAUGGGCGCCAAUUUCCCCUUUGGAGCAGCAGGAUCCGGAGCCUUCUCGCAGAACCAAUCGCUGCAGCAGCAGUCGCAAGGAAACCUUGAUUUGAGCGAUUUCCCAGCACUAGGUGCGGGCAACAGCCACCAAGGACAGGCCGAGUGGGGUCAAGCCUCGAACCUUGCUUCCUCACUGGGAGGAGUAGGAAGCAGAGCGGGAGCGAACGUCUCAGCGGGAGGUUCAGCAGCUCAAGCAGGUGGCAGCUUCAGCAACGACGACUUUCCCGCAUUAGGAGCUGCAACGCAGCAAAAUGCCAACGGCGGUGUAGCCCAAGCAGCAGCAGCAGCUGAGCAAGCAUCGGCAGCCGCUGCUCUGCAACAUCAGGCCUCGCAAAGAGAAGCUCAUCGGAUGGGGCUGCUAAGUGGGGUCAAUGGCUCGCCGCAAACGCCGAAUAGAGCAGCAGGUAGUCAAGGUCAACCACAGGCUCUCAAUGCUGCAAGAGGAGGUUUUGGAGAUAUGGACAGGGUCAGUAGCGCGAAGGACAGGGCAUGCUGCGAAGACAGACACAGGGUCACGUCCCGUUGAGCCUCCCUUCUGAUCAUGCAGUCUCGGCCCUUCGACCUUGUUUCCCCA